UCUUAAUCAAAGUCAAUACCCAAACUGAGGAUCAAAGGCUAUGGCUUCUCUAGCAACCUUGGCUGCCCUGCAACCCACCACCACCGUCAAGGGCCUUGGUGGAAGUUCCCUCACCGGAACUAAGCUCCAUGUCAAGACAUCUCGCCAGAUCUUGAGACCCACCAACUAUAGAGCUGGUGCAGUGGUUGCAAAGUAUGGUGACAAAAGUGUGUACUUUGAUUUGGAGGAUUUGGGCAACACCACUGGUCAGUGGGACUUGUAUGGAUCUGAUGCACCUUCACCAUACAACUCUCUUCAGAGCAAGUUCUUCGAGACAUUUGCAGCGCCUUUCACCAAGAGAGGAUUGUUGCUAAAGUUCUUGAUAUUGGGAGGUGGUUCAACCCUUGCUUACCUCAGUUCCACAGCCACAGGUGACAUUCUACCUAUCAAGAAGGGCCCGCAACUUCCACCCAAGCUUGGGCCUCGAGGCAAAAUCUAAGAAUCAUGAAGCUCACAUCUUUCGAUAUUUUGAUUAUGCUAGAAAUGUAUAUUUUCAGAACAUGCAAGUAUGUUUGAAGCCUACCCAAGACCUCUGCUAAUUAUUUUGAAUAUAUUUGUUUUAAUUGUGA